UGUACUUCCUGCAGUUGGGACUGUGGUGUCCCGAAGUCGGAAGCAUACGACCUGAGGGCCGGGCGAACCUCAGGCUGUUUGUCGUACUGAAAAGUUCCUGUAUUUUCUGUUUCUCUGGACAGGUUGGUCUCUUGGCAAGAAUAGAAAGCGAAGCACAAUGGUAGAAGCAGAUUGUCCUGGCAAGCUUUUUAUUGGUGGCCUCAAUAGAGAAACCAAUGAAAAGAUGCUUAAAGCUGUAUUUGUGAAACAUGGUCCCAUAUCAGAAGUUCUUUUAAUAAAGGAUCGAACCAGCAAAUCCAGAGGUUUUGCAUUUAUUACUUUUGAGAACCCUGCAGAUGCUAAGAAUGCUGCCAAAGAUAUGAAUGGAAAGUCUUUGGAUGGAAAAGCAAUAAAAGUAGAACAAGCCAAGAAACCAUCAUUUCAAAGUGGUGGUAGGCGGAGACCUCCACCUUCUUCAAGAAACAGAAGCCCUUCAGGAAGUCUGAGAUCUGCAAAAGGAAGUAGUGGAGGAACAAGAGGGUGGCAUCCCUCACAUGAAGGACACUUGGGUAAUGUUUUAAAAUAUAAAGAUGAAACCAUAGGACUGAAAGAAAAUGAUGGUGAAUACACUCUUGAUCUCAACAUGAGUUCUUCUAGGGGAGCCAUUCCAGUUAAAAGAGGUCCAUCUUCAAGAAGUGGAGGUCCUCUUCCUAAAAAAUCUGCUCUUUCUGCUAUGGCAAGAAGCAAUAGUUGGAUCAGAAGCCAAGGUCCCGUGUCACGUGGAAGAGAGAAUUAUGGAGGUCCUCCAUGCAGAGAGCCAACCUCUUCCUGGAGAAAUGACCAUAUGUCACGAAGAGAUGAUGGUUAUGCAACUAAGGAGAGAAAUCAUCCAAGUUCCCGAGACACUAGGGAUUAUGCUCCACCAUCUAGAGGCUAUACAUACCGUGAUUAUGGUCGUUCUAGUCCAGAUGAACAUUCCUCUAGAGGAUAUAGAAAUCAUCCAAGUUCCCGAGACACUAGGGAUUAUGCUCCACCAUCUAGAGGCUAUACCUACCGUGACUAUGGUCGUUCUAGUCCAGAUGAACAUUCCUCUAGAGGAUAUAGAAAUCAUCCAAGUUCCCGAGACACUAGGGUUUAUGCUCCACCAUCUAGAGGCUAUACAUACCAUGAUUAUGGUCGUUCUAGUCCAGAUGAACAUUCCUCUAGAGGAUAUAGAAAUCAUCCAAGUUCCCGAGACACUAGGGAUUAUGCUCCACCAUCUAGAGGCUAUACAUACCGUGAUUAUGGUCGUUCUUGUCCAGAUGAACAUUCCUCUAGAGGAUACAGAAAUCAUCCAAGUUCCCGAGAAACCAGGAAUUAUGCUCCACCACCUAAAGACUAUACAUACCGUGAUUAUGGUCGUUCUAGUCCAGAUGAACAUUCCUCUAGAGGAUAUAGAAAUCAUCCAAGUUCCCGAGAAACCAGGGAUUAUGCUCCACCACCUAAAGACUAUACAUACCAUGAUUAUGGUCGUUCUAGUCCAGAUGAACAUUCCUCUAGAGGAUAUAGAAAUCAUCCAAGUUCCCGAGAAACCAGGGAUUAUGCUGCACCAGCUAAAGACUACGCAUACUGUGUUUAUGGUCGUUCUAGUCAGGAUGAACAUUCCUCCAGAGGAUAUAGUGAUCGUGAUGGCUACAGUGAGGCCUGUGGUAGAGAUCAUUCUGAAGGUCCAAGUGGAAGUUCUUAUAGAGAUGCAUUUCAGGGAUAUGAUAAUGGUCCAGGAUGGAUUUGGACCUCUCAGGGUGCACCACCUGCACAAGGGCCUCGGAUAUCUUACGGUGGAAGCACCUGCCAUGAUUAUAAUACACGAGAUAGAUAUGGCAGAAGUUGGGAGAGUUACUCAAGGAGCUGUGGUGAUUCUUAUUCUUGUGGUCGUGAGCAUGCUGGCAGAAAAGACCAAAGGAAUCUGCCUUCUCUGGCUAGGUUGCUCCCUGCUCCUCGUGAAGCAUAUGGUAGCUCAAGUUAUGUUUCAUCUACAGUAGAUGGUGAAGAAAGUAGAUCUGAAAAAGGAGACUUAAGCAGAUAUUAAAGCAAGUAUUCAAAGUAAUAGUUAUUGCAUUCCAAACCUUGUUUGCAAAUUGAAAAUUGAAGUGUUAUUUCUGCAUAUUACUACAAGAAACAUAUUGGUUUUGUGGAGAGAGGUAGAUACUAACUUCCUCCAUGAAUUUUUUGAGGUAUUCAGAGCAAAAGGAAUUUUUUUCAAAGUAAUUUCAUACUUGUUAAUGCUCUUUGAAAAGUGUUUAGAUGUAAUAUCUACCUUAAAAUUUUCAGAAUAAAAUUUGAAAGCCUCUGUUCACA